AAACCAUUUCAUUCUCUCGCUCUCUUCUCUUUUUUCAUUUUGUCUCGACGACGGAGCCACGGUGGAGUUGACUCCGCUUAAACCCCCUCCGUCGCCACCGGCGUUCUUCAAUUUAAAUCCCAAUCCACUGAUCUCCUCAAUCCACCACUCAUGGAUCGACCUUCGCUCCUCCUCAUCCCCCUUCUCUUCAUCACCACCGUCAUCUCUAUAUUCGUCUUCGAUCUGACCACCGCCGAUGAGCUCGAUUUAACAGCCGAAUCGCCUAUGAUUUUCCCGCUUAGCUACUCCUCUUUGCCUCCGCGAGUGGAGGAUAUUCGCCGCCGUCGUCUCCAUCAAUCUCAGCUCCCUAACGCGCACAUGAAACUCUACGAUGACCUCCUCUCUAACGGCUACUACACUACACGAUUAUGGAUUGGAACACCACCACAAGAGUUUGCUUUGAUUGUAGAUACUGGUAGUACUGUUACUUACGUUCCUUGCUCCACUUGUAAACAGUGUGGGAAGCAUCAGGAUCCGAAGUUUCAACCUGAGUUAUCUAGUAGUUACCAGGCUUUGAAAUGUAAUCCUGACUGUAAUUGUGAUGAUGAAGGGAAAUUAUGUGUUUACGAAAGACGGUAUGCUGAGAUGAGUUCGAGUAGUGGGGUUUUAAGUGAGGAUUUGAUAUCUUUUGGUAACGAGAGUCAGCUUUCUCCGCAACGUGCUGUUUUUGGAUGUGAGAAUGUGGAAACUGGCGAUCUUUUUAGCCAACGUGCUGAUGGUAUAAUGGGGUUAGGUCGUGGUAAGCUUAGUGUUGUAGAUCAGCUUGUUGAUAAGGGUGUUAUCGAGGAUACUUUUUCGUUGUGUUAUGGAGGCAUGGAAGUUGGGGGGGGUGCUAUGGUACUUGGUAAAAUAUAUCCUCCAGCUGGGAUGGUGUUUUCUCAUUCGGAUCCUUUCCGCAGUCCGUAUUAUAACAUUGACCUGAAACAAAUGCAUGUUGCUGGCAAGUCUCUAAAGCUAAACCCAAAGGUCUUUAAUGGAAAGCAUGGAACCGUUUUGGAUAGUGGAACAACAUAUGCUUAUUUCCCCAAGGAAGCGUUUAUAGCCAUUAAGGCUGCGGUCAUUAAGGAAAUUCCAUCUCUGAAACGGAUCCAUGGUCCAGACCCAAAUUAUGAUGAUGUUUGUUUCUCUGGCGCUGGAAGGGAUGUGGCUGAGAUACACAAUUUUUUCCCUGAGAUCGCUAUGGAAUUUGGAAAUGGUCAGAACCUGAUUCUUUCUCCUGAGAACUACUUAUUCAGGCACACUAAAGUUAGAGGCGCAUACUGCCUUGGCAUAUUUCCUGAUAGAGACUCAACAACACUCCUAGGAGGAAUUGUUGUCCGCAAUACGCUUGUCACUUAUGAUCGUGAGAAUGAUAAGCUCGGGUUUCUGAAGACCAACUGUUCUGAUCUAUGGAGAAGGCUUGCGGCACCAGAUUCCCCUGCGCCUACUUCACCAGUUUCCCAAAAUAAAACUUCUAGUAUUUCUCCAAGUCCCGCUACAAGCGAGUCUUCUACCACUGAUCUUCCAGGUGUUUUCCGAGUUGGAGUUAUCACCUUCGAAGUGUCAAUUAGCGUGAAUAAUUCUUCACAGAAGCCUGAGUUCUCAGAGAUGGCUGAUUUCAUUGCCCAUGAGUUAGACAUUAAAAGUUCACAGGUUCACUUGCUGAAUAUCUCGUCCAGGGGAAAUGAGUAUCGCCUGAAAUGGGGAAUCUUUCCCGCACAAUCAUCUGAGUACAUUUCCAAUACUACGGCAUUGAACAUAAUGCUGCUUCUGAAGGAAAACCGAUUACGCCUACCUGGACAAUUUGGAAGCUACAAGUUGCUAGAAUGGAAGGCUGAGCAAAAGCAGAAACAUGAUGCUUUUGUCAGGAGCUGGUGGGAGACACACGUACUAGGGGUGGUUGCGGGGGUGGUGAUAUCAUUGUUGGUUACUUCGGUGAUGAUCAAACUUGUAUUGGUGUGGAGACGUAGAAAGCAAGAGGAAGCUACUUAUGAGCCUGUAAGUGCUGCUGUUAAAGAACAAGAACUUCAGCCUCUCUCCUCUGAUACAUCUAAUGCUUGAGCCUCCCCAUCACUUAUAGAGUUUCUAUAUCUCUCUCUUUCUUUAUAUAUAUUUUAUAUACGUUUGAUAGAAAGAUAUUAAACACAGGAAACAAGAUUCCUAAUUAAAGACACUUUGAUUUUAAGUAAAUUGAUGUAGUUAUUACGUUAUUUUUGAUGUAUAAGUUAAAGAAAGAAAAUAGAGAAAAAUGGUUGGAAUGCUUUUUCGCUUCUUGCU